GAAGGACCUGUCAGGAUGGAUGGGCGCAAGACGGAGAGGUGUUUCGCUUAAAAUUAAAUGGCAAAUUCUUUUUUUUACGGGUUCAAAAAGACAUUUAAACAGCGACAAACUAAGUUUACAUAAAAAUGGAAGGUCUGGAGAUGUCAGCGAUGAUACCGGCUCUUCAGGAGCUAGCGAGUGCCAGCGCUGCCGAGUACGACCUGGCGGUGCAGAAACCUCGACAGAUCCUGUGCCAGUUUAUUGACAGUAUACUGACAGAUGUGGAUGUCGUUGCUCUAGGACUGAAUAAGAAGUCCAGUUCAGAGCCAGCCGGUGUGAUGCUGCUGGACUUUGUGCAGCACAUAGUCAAAUCCUGGUCUCUGAUGUUUGCCAACCCCUCCUGCCUUCCUGCCGAUUACCCAGACACCACACAGAGCUGUACUGAUUUCAGUAAGUGGGUAGCAGUGCGCUUGCUUCGUGUGGCGGCGGCUCCGGGCUGUGACGUCAUCCACGGGCGGGUCUCUGCUGUGUUGUGCUCUUUGCUUCACACCCUGAGGUUCAGGGCGCCCUUCAUCUUCCGCUGCCUCACGCAGGAGCUCCUGUUUCUGUCCCAGGAGCUCAGCGACGUUCUGUACGCUCACAUCGCCACACUGGCAGGACACUGUUUGGGCGUUCACACGCAGAACCAAUGGCCCAUAACGCUCAAGUGCUUCUGUGUCUCCCCUGUGUGCGCCUCCUCGUACCUCACGCCUUCCCCUCUCGUGCUGUCCUCGCCUGCUGCCUUGGAGUCGCUGACUGCCGUGACGAUGGGUAUCAUCGCCGAUUCUCUGAGGGGGGUGGUCUCCUGUCACGACCUGAGCGUGGCCUGGAAAAUGGCCUGCUCCAUCUUGGCCAACGGCAACAACAGACUGAGGAAGAUCUCCAUGGGGAUGCUUCGGAAGCUCGUGGAGCUGAGGGGGUUUCCAGAGGGGCAGGGCCACGAGUUCUUCACGGCCUAUUUGCAGUUAUUGGAAACACACCCCCGCACUACCACAGGGGACUCAACUGAGAAACAACCCUACGAGGGAGAGCUGCUGAGCCUGACUCGCUGUGUUUUCCAGUCACCUUGUGCUUCUCACACACACUUUGAGCCCAUCUACGUCUCGCAGAUGUUCGAGUGCGUCUGUGCUCUUGGAGGAGCAGGUGGCAGAUUAGGCGCGGAAGUUGCUGAAUCCCUCUGCCUCCUGUUCAGCUUCUCGCUGUCCGUUGCCCCGGUUUACGAGAGUGCUGCCCUGUUAAGAAGGCAGCGGGUCACAGAGGUCUGCAGGACUUUGACACGCACCGUUGGAACGGAAAAUCAAGCAGAAUGUGCAGAAGGGUUUCUACAAGCUGCGCUGAAGGCUGAGACAGAUCUGGUCGUGCAGGAGUCAGGAGAUGGAGAGACUGCUGCCAAGAAAGCUUGCAAAUCUGGCAAUAAAACGGCGAACACAUCAUCAGUGGUGGACAUGCAUGCUCGCAGCGAGGUGUGGGCAGUGUUGAGCGGUCGAAUGGAGGAGCUGCUGACACUUUUGAACUCAGACUCUGCUGAACCUGAGACCACACAGACGCUGUCUGCUCUGCAGGGUAUGGCCCUCAUCCUCCACCUGGCAGCCCUCUGCUCGUCACCCAUCAGCGGUGGGUCUCCUCUCCUUUGGGUGCCCACUGAGACCGUGGGCAGAGUCCUGAAGAGCUGCCAGUCAGUGUUAGAAGGACGCUCUCAGCCCGUCUCAAACCAGAACUUCUUUCAGUCUGCUGUCCAGAUCACCGUGAGGGUCCUUGACUCUCUGCUCUAUCUGACACGCAGCCACAGUGAAGACGGGCUCCAGCGACGUGUGUGCGCUCUCCUGUCCCUCCCCUGGGUGUGUGAGAACAACUCUGCGCCGGCCUAUAGGAGCUCAGGAUUCCCCUCCUGGCUGCUUUCGCUCGCUCAGAGACUCAGCUUCUGCUACUCUCCUGAUGUCCAGGCUGACUGUGUGAUGCUGCUGGCCUUUCUGAGUCGCGACGUGUGUGAGAAAUGGCGCGCGUGCGUGAUUUCCAAGGCGCUGAAGAGUCGAGACGAGGCGGUGAGAGCGGCUGCGGUCCGGGCCGUCCCGCUUCUUCUUCACCACCUGGGAAUCACAACCCACAACCUCAUCAGCACCACUCUGCUUUCCAGCGUAGAGGACAGUUCGGAGAAGGUGAAGACGGAGCUGGCCAGGAUUGUUGGUCAGCUCAGCUGCAUCCAGUCGAAGCUCUCCAAGAUUGGCGACGUCCACACAGAGUCCGCCUGUCCUCCCAAGAUCUUCUGCCUCCGCCUCCGCCUUGAAAUAGAGCAUCCUGGAAAAGCAGCGCCAUCCCUCAAAGCAUCUGUAGUUAGACCUUUCCUUCCUCUACUCAGGCCACAAGUUCCAAGCAGCGUUAAACAAGCUUUCCUAGAAGGUCUUCCUCACCUCUGCAAGCAUGUGAAUCUGAUUGGUGGAGACGGCGACUCCCAGGCAGUUCUCUGUGCCCUGAUUGGUCUGAUGGAGGAUUCGGAUCCCGUGGUCAGAAUACAGUUCAGCCAGUCACUGCGCUUUCUGCUAACAGAGAACUCAAAAAACGCAGAGCAGGCCACCCUGAAUGAGCUCCUGGUCGUACGUCUUAAGGAGGCAUUCAGGAAGGCUAAACUCAGCAGAGAUGAGGACCUGAGGAACACUCUGGUCCUUACCACUGGGGAGAUUGGCAGAGCGUCCCAGGGUAGUUUGGUGUCCUUCUCCAUGCUGCGUCUACUCCAGUGUCUCCUGUCCAAGUCGUCCACAGAGUCUGUAGCUGCUUACACUCAGAUCCGAGCCCUGGCAACCGCCAAAGGCCUGAAACUGCAAACUCUCUUCAAUCAGUACAAGAAUCCAAUUUGCCAGUUCCUGGUGGAGUCGCUGCAUUCACGCCAUGCUUCGGCCCUGCGGAGCACCCCAGAUCAGGGCACCGAAUCAGCCAAUCAGAGAGAGAAGGCUCUGGACAUACUGGCUCAGAUCGCACACGCUUUUGACUUCCCAGACCUCCACCGCUUCCUCACUCAAACCCUCCAGGUGCUGCUGCCUUACCUGGCAGCUAAGGCGAGCACAACAGGGUCCGCCCUCAUCCGCACCCUGGCCAAUGAGUUGAAGGCGAACAGGAGAGAAAUCCUGAUCAACAACUUCAAGUACAUCUUCAGCCAUCUGCUCUGUUCAUGCCCCAAAAAGGAGCUGGAGAGGGCCUUCCACUACCUGCAGAGCGAGACAGAGAUUGAACUGGGCUCUCUGCUACGACAAGACUUCCAGGGUCUUCACAACGAGCUGCUGCUGCGUCUGGGCGAGGACUACGAACAGGUGUUCAACGGCUUGGCAAUCUUGGCCUCCUUUGCAUCCAACGAUGACCCGUACCGUGGCCCCCGAGACAUCACCACCCCAGAGCUCAUGGCCGACUACUUGCAGCCGAAGCUCCUGGGGAUCCUCGCCUUUUUCAACCUGCAGCUGCUCAGCUCCAGCGUAGGAGAGAAAGACCGAAAGGAGCUGGCGCUGAAGAGUGUGAUGGCUCUAAUGCGACUGAUGGGCUCCAAACACAUCAGCUUAGUGCGCGUGAAGAUGAUGACGACGCUUCGCACCGGCCUCCGAUACAGAGAAGACUUCCCGCUGCUCUGCUGCCAGACGUGGGAGUGUUUUGUAAGGAGCGUGGAGCCCGCGCACCUGGGCCCCCUGCUGAGUCAUGUCAUUGUUGCACUACUCCCCUUGAUCCCACUGCAGCCCAAAGAAACUGCCGCUAUCAUCCGCUUCCUCAUCCUGGACAACAGGGAAGAAGUCAACGACUACCUCCAUGAGAUUUACUUCCUACCAGACCAUCCAGAACUAAAAGACAUUCACACAGUUCUUCAGGAUUACAAGAAGCUGACAGCCAGCAGCAGUGACCUGGCCGAGGCGCUGCAGCUCUCCAUGAGAGCGGUUCAACAUGAGAACGUCGACGUGAGGAUCCACGCACUGACCAGCCUCAGGGACAUGAUGCACAGCAAGCAGGAGUGGCUGCUGCGUCAGGUCUGUGCGAGUGAAGCGGUGGAGCCGGUCAUCUCCAGCCUGGUGUCGGUGCUGCUGAAGGGCUGCCAGGACUCGUCCCCAGAGGCCAGGCUGCUCUGUGGGGAGUGUCUCGGGGAGCUGGGAGCCGUGGAUCCUGGACGUCUGGACCUGUCCCGCACACACACCCACGGCGACCGCAACACGUUUGUGGUCACGAUCGAUUCGAGUUUGCUGAUCGAGCUGACCAGAACGUUUCUGGCUUACGCUGAUGACGUGAGAGCCCAGGACUCUGCUGCUUACGCAAUUCAGGAGCUGCUGUCUAUAUUUGAGUGUCGCGAGGGUCGAACCGACUCAUCGGGCCGCCGUCUGUGGAGGAGAUUCCCGGAGCAGAUUCAAGAAAUACUGGAGCCUCACCUCAACAGCAGAUAUAAGAGCAGUCAGAAGAACAUGAACUGGUCUAAGCUGAAGAAGCCGGUGUACCUCAGCACCAGAGGUAGCAAGUUCUCCGACUGGUCUGCCACCUGGGCUUCAUACCUCAUCAGCAAGGUGAGACACGAGCUGGCCAGCAGGGUGUUCAGAUGCUGUAGUUUCAUCAUCAAACACGACUACAAGGUCACAAUCUACCUGCUGCCUCAUAUUCUGCUCUACAUGCUGCUGGGCUGCACACCUGCAGAGCAGCAGGAGGUGACUGAGGAGAUUCUGGCCGUGCUGUCGGAGGGCGACGGGCGAGGAGGGGUGCGUGUCCAGGAGACAGCCUCCAGCCUAUCACAGCUCAGCACUCAGACUGUGUUCAGCAUGUUGUCACACCUCACGCAGUGGAGCCGCCAGAUCCUCCACAGCAAACCCAAACUCAACGAGAGUGGAGAUUACCAGCGGGUGGUGGCCUUCUUGAAGGGUAUCCCCCAAGACGUUCUGGCCAAGGCCUCUCUACGGUCCAAGGCGUACACUCGCGCCCUCAUGCACUUCGAAGCUUACAUCCUAGAAAACAAAGAGAACAUCCAGGACCAUCUUACCUUCCUGCAGACGCUGUAUGCGGCGAUGCACGAGCCUGACGGAGUGAGGGGGGUCAACGCUCUGAGGAGGGAGGAGCCGUCGCUACGGGAACAGAUCCUCGAGCACGAGAGCAUCGGCCUCCUCCGGGACGCGACCGCCUGCUACGACCGGGCCAUACAGCUGGAGUCAGACCAGAUCGGGCACUAUCACGGAGUGAUGACGUCCAUGCUCGGACUGGGACAGCUGUCCACGGUCAUCACCCAGGUUAAUGGAGUGCUGGCCAGCAAGCCCCAGUGGAAGUCAGAGCUGAACAACUACAGAGUGGAGGCGGCCUGGAAGCUCGGAAAAUGGGACCUGCUGGAAGAUUAUUUGAGUUCGGAUCAACAGUCGAGUACCUGGGGGGUUCGGCUCGGCCAGCUGCUGCUGUCGGCCAAGAAGCAGGAUGCCGAGACCUUCAGCGAGAAGCUGAAGCUGGUGAGGAAGGAACAGGUCGUCCCUCUGUCUGCAGCCAGCUACGAGUGGGGAACCUACCAGAGAGGAUACGAGUACAUUAUCAGGCUGCACAUGCUCAGCGAGCUGGAGCACACUUUCACUGAGCUGCAAAAGCACGGAGAGGGCUCUGCCCCGAGCCUCAGCCAGCUGCCUCGUCACUGGUCGGAUCGGCUGGAGAUGACCCAGAAUUCCUUCAGGGCCAAGGAGCCCAUUCUGGCUCUGCGCCGCGCUCUGCUCAGCCUACGACCGCAGCCCGUGUGUCAGGAGCUGGUGGGGGAGUGCUGGUUACAAAGUGCCCGGGUGGCCAGAAAGGCAGGACACCACCAGACUGCAUUCAAUGCUAUUCUGAACGCAGAAAACACACACCUGGCUGAGCUGGUCACCGAGAAGGCGAAAUGGCUUUGGUCCAAGGGCGAUGUGCACCAGGCCCUGAUCGUCCUGCAGAAGGGCGUGGCCCAGUGUUUCCCUGAAGAUGAGAUACUGACGGACCCUCGCAGCCUGCAGACCAAAGGCAAAGCCAUGCUGCUGGUGGGACGCUUCAUGGAGGAGACAGCCAACUUUGAGUCCAACGCCAUCAUGAAGGCGUACAGGGACGUCACCAACCUUCUGCCAGAGUGGGAGGAUGGAAACUUUUAUCUCGCCAAGUACUAUGACAAGGUGAUGCCCAUGGUGACUGAUAACAAGAUGGAGAAACAAGGGAACCUCAUUCGUUAUAUCGUCAUAUUCUUUGGAAAAGCUCUGCAGUUUGGAAACCAGUACAUCUACCAGGCCAUGCCUCGCAUGCUGUCUCUCUGGCUGGAUUUUGGAGCCAAAGUGUGUGAAUAUGAGAAAGCCGGGCGAUCAGACAGACAGAUGAGACAAGAUCUGAGCAAGAUCAACACGACGAUGAGCGAGCACUGUGCCAACUUGGCGCCGUACCAGUUCCUGACCGCCUUUUCCCAGCUCAUCUCCAGGGUGUGUCACUCCAGCGAUGAGGUUUUCAGCGUCCUCAUGAACAUCGUGGCCAAAGUGUUCCUCGCGUACCCCCAGCAGGCCAUGUGGCUAAUGACUGCCGUCUGCAAGUCGUCCUACCCGAUGCGUAUGAACCGCUGUAAUCAGAUCCUGAAGAAAGCCAUCAGUCUUAAAGAUUCUCUGGAGAAAUUUAUCGGAGACGCCACCAGACUGACUGACAAGCUGCUGGAGCUCUGCAACAAGCCGGUGGACGGUAACAGCUCCACCCUCAGUAUGAGCGUUCACUUCAAGCAGCUGAAACGUCUGGUGGAGGAGCCGACCUUCAGCCAGAUCCUGAUCCCGCUGCAGUCGGUCCUCAUCCCGACGCUGCCCUCGACGGGAGGGGCAAACACGCAUCACGACGCCUUCCCCGGACACUGGGCGUACCUGGACGGCUUCGAAGACAUCGUGGAGAUCCUGGCCUCUUUGCAGAAGCCCAAGAAGAUAGGUUUGAAAGGUUCAGACGGUCGGAGCUACACGAUGAUGUGUAAACCCAAAGAUGACCUGAGGAAGGACUGCAGACUGAUGGAGUUCAACUGCCUCAUCAACAAGUGCCUGCGUAAAGACGCUGAGUCGAGGCGGAGGGAGCUUCAUAUCCGCACCUACGCCGUGAUUCCCCUCAACGAGGAGUGCGGUAUCAUCGAGUGGGUCAACAACACCGCUGGACUGCGACACAUUCUCACAAAGCUGUACAAAGACAGAGGUAUCUACCUAUCGGGUAAAGAGCUGAGGAAGCUCAUGCUUCCAAAGACGGCUCCGUUUGAGGAGAAACUACGGAUCCACAAGGAGGUGCUGUGUCCUCGACACCCGCCAGUCUUCCACGAGUGGUUUCUCCAGACUUUCCCCGACCCCACGUCAUGGUACAGCAGUCGCUCUGCAUACUGCCGCUCUACUGCUGUGAUGUCCAUGGUGGGAUACAUCCUGGGAUUAGGAGAUCGCCAUGGAGAAAACAUCCUCUUCGAUUCCUUUACUGGGGAAUGUGUUCACGUCGACUUCAACUGCCUCUUCAACAAGGGGGAAACAUUCGACGUGCCUGAGGUGGUGCCUUUCCGUCUGACUCAAAACAUGGUCCACGCUAUGGGGCCCAUGGGCACCGAGGGCCUCUUUCGGCAGGCCUGCGAGGUCACCCUGAGGCUAAUGAGAGACCAGAGAGAGCCGCUCAUGAGUGUGCUUAAGACCUUCCUUCACGACCCGCUGGUGGAGUGGAGCAAACAAGGCAAAGGACUAACGAAAGCUCAGGCCAACGAGACGGGAGAGAUCGUCAACGAAAAGGCGAAGACCCACGUGUGUGACAUCGACCAGCGUCUGCAAGGAGUGAUAAAGAGCAGGAAUAAAGUGCUGGGUCUGCCUCUGUCGAUAGAGGGACACGUCCACUACCUCAUACAAGAAGCCACAGAUGAUAAACUGCUCUGUUUGAUGUAUUUGGGCUGGGGGCCCUAUCUGUAAAUUGUAAACUCAGCUGUAAGAUAUUUUUGUGAAAAGCACUUUCUAUUUUUUUUUAUAAAUGGGAACAAGUGAUACAUGAUGCACAUUCUCUUUCAAUGUAGAAUAAUUUUGUUGGUAAACGCGCCGACAAGUUUGUCUUCUAAUCUCUUAACUCUCCUUAGGAUGCGGUCAGGCUGUCAGGUGAUUACUUUAAUCCUCUCUCUCGGCCUGCUUCUAACACUCGCCCAAUUGUCCAAUCGGUUCACCUUUUUUUUUUUCCCUCCCACGCAAGCGCCGGUAAGUUAGAGAUAAACGUUUGCUUAAGAGGCUGAAAGAUAAAGUACCAGCAAAUAGCAGGUGACAUGGUGCAGUCAUGAGUUCAGACACGCAGAAAGUCGCUGUAUUUUUGAUUAUCACUUUGCUUCUUUUUAUUAAUGCGUGGCUGCUAAUGCAGUUUGUCUCAGGAUAAGAGGAAUUUCUUGCCUUAUUAUUAUUUUUUUUGUUCUUAUAUUUUUGGAGAAGAUUAUGUAGAAUUUCCAGGAACAUCUUUGCAUUAGUGAGCUGGAGCUUCUCUAUGGGGGAAAACGAGACCUGAAGCUAAGCUGUGUCUUCAUUACUAAUACCGUAAUUACUCGAGGAACCUAAUUCAUCUUUAUUUGAAUUUUACAGCUAAUUUUCUUUGUAUGUUUGUUAUAGAGAUUAUACUUUUAUUUUGAAGAAACUGAACCAGAUUUCCACUGUUCUCCGUGAUGUUUUUGUAGUUUUCUCUUUUAUUUAUUUUAUUAUUAUCGUUAUUGUUUAUAAAAUCUGUGACGUAUUAAUAUCUACGUUCGGUUAUUAGCGUACAGUCAAAUAUACGCUUAUUUUAAAAAUAAUGCAGACUGUAUUUCCAUCUUCGCGAUUUUCGAAUUGAUUGUUUUGAAUCAAUAAAGAAUCGGUAAGGAAUAACACAAAUGAGGA